CGUCGUUGGUCUGUCAGUAUAAUGUGGUUAAGAACAUAUAAAUGGGAAAUGAAUUGUCGAUUUAAACAACUCGCUCGUAACUUUGGGAUUUUCAGGCAUCAAUCAAUUCUUGGCUUUGAACAUGCUGUUCCUAAAAUACCAGUAGCACAAUUUAUCAGAUAUAAAUCUGAUACACCUAUGAACACUAUUAUAUUAUUUGUUCCACAGCAGGAGGCAUGGAUUGUUGAAAGAAUGGGAAAGUAUCAUAGAAUUUUGAAUCCAGGAUUGAAUAUCCUUACACCAGUAAUUGAUAGAAUUAAAUAUGUUCAGAGCCUCAAAGAAUUAGCUAUAGAAAUACCACAACAAAGUGCUGUUACAUCAGAUAAUGUAACAUUAAAUAUAGAUGGUGUACUAUAUUUGAGAGUAAUUAAUCCAUUCUUAGCUUCAUAUGGCGUUGAUGACCCUGAAUUUGCAGUAGUUCAAUUAGCUCAAACCACAAUGAGAUCUGAGUUAGGAAAAAUAUCUUUGGACAAAGUGUUUAGGGAGAGAGAGGGUCUUAAUGUUUGUAUUGUUGAUAGUAUAAAUAAAGCAAGUGAAGCUUGGGGUAUAACAUGUCUUCGAUAUGAAAUACGUGACAUUAGAUUACCACAAAGGGUACAAGAAGCAAUGCAAAUGCAAGUAGAAGCAGAACGAAAAAAACGAGCUGCAGUUUUGGAAUCAGAAGGUGUCAGGGAAGCAGAAAUAAAUAUUGCUGAAGGAAAACGUUUAGCGCAGAUUCUAGCAUCAGAGGCUGCCAAACAGGAAGAAAUAAAUAAGGCAGCUGGUACAGCAAGUGCUUUGGUGGCUAUUGCAGAAGCACGUGCAAAGAGUUUGAAACUUGUAGCAGGUGCUCUUAAUUUAACAGAUGCGAAGAAUGCAGCUGCAUAUAGUAUAGCAGAACAGUAUGUUAAAGCAUUUAAUAAAUUGGCCAAAGUCAAUAAUACUUUAAUCUUGCCUAGUAAUGUGUCUGACGUGUCUUCCCUGGUAUCACAAGCAAUGACAAUUUACAAACACGUUAUGGCUAAACCCACUUUGGACAGUGAUGAUAUAAAGGAUAAGAUGAAUCGGAUAGAUGAAUCAGAUGAGACUUUUGAGUAUUUCAGUGACAAAGAAGAAGCAGAAAAACACAGAGAAAGCAAAAGAAAACAAAAUCCUAAACUAUUGUAA